UUGAAUUUGUUUCUUUUCUUUUUCAGAACUUCGAAACCAGAGGAGUGAAAAUUGAGGCCAAAGAAGUUUGAAACACUGUGGCAAGAACAUGCGUUCCUUCUAUGUAUUAAACCCACCAAAUCUAAACCAACGAGUCUUAUCAAUAGUUUCAAAAUGCAAUCAUCUCAAUCACCUUAAACAACUCCAAUCGUUUUUGACAAUCCUUGGUCACUCACAGACCAAUUUCUACACUUUCAAACUGAUUCGCUGUUGCCUUCUCCAACUCAACAACCUUUACUAUGCUCGCUUCAUUUUUAACAAUUUCGAAUUCCCCAACAUCUACCUCUACACUGCUAUGGUUACUGCUUAUGCCUCUAUACAAGACCAUCAAUCGUCUUUUGAUUUGUUUCGUUUCAUGCUUCGUAAAGGACACCCAAAACCAAACCAUUUUUUGUUCCCUCAUGUUUUGAAAUAUUGCCAAGUAACAAAAUUUGUGCAUGCCCAGAUUGAGAAAUUGGGUUUUGGACAAUACCCAGUUGUGCAAACUGCCCUUAUUGAUUCUUACUCGAGGUCUGGUUAUGAUAUUGGAAUUGCGAGGCGGAUGUUUGACGAAAUGUCCGAGAGAAAUGUUGUUUCAUGGACUGCUAUGAUUUCUGGGUAUACCAGACUUGGGGAGAUUGAGAAUGCUAUUUCGCUUUUUGAUGAAAUGCCUGAGAGGGAUGUUCCUUCUUGGAAUGCUGUAAUUUCGGGUUGUGCGCAAAAUGGGUUGUUUACCAGGGCUAUUACGAUUUUUAAGAAGAUGGUGGGUCUUUCCCUGGAGGUACAGCAUCGAGACAUUAGGCCUAAUCAGACGACUGUUGUCUGUGCACUUUCUGCCUGUGGUCACACUGGGAUGCUUCAUGUUGGGAAAUGGAUUCAUGGUUAUGUUUACAGGAAUAUGCGUAGUUCAGAUUCGUUUGUGUUGAAUGCUUUGGUGGAUAUGUAUGGGAAAUGUGGGUGUUUAAAAGAGGCAAAGAAGGUUUUUGACGCAACUUCAAAGAAAAGUUUGACAUCUUGGAAUUCAAUGAUUAAUUGUUUAGCACUUCAUGGACAAAGUGAGAGGGCUAUUUGUGUGUUUGAGGAGAUGUUGCAUUAUGUAGCCGAUGUAAGACCAAAUGAGAUUACCUUUUUGGGGUUAUUAAAUGCUUGUACCCAUGGAGGAUUGGUUGAAAAGGGUCGUUUCUAUUUCCAGAUGAUGACGCUAAAUUACGGGAUUGAACCUGAGAUUGAGCAUUAUGGGUGCUUGAUAGAUAUUCUUGGUCGAGCAGGAAGGUUGGAAGAAGCCUUGGAAGUUCUAAGGGAAAUGAAGAUUCAACCCGAUGAGGUCGUUUGGGGCUCUUUGCUUAAUGGGUGUAAAAUACAUGGUCGUGCAGACUUGGCAGAGUUUGCAGUUAAAAAGCUGCUUGAAAUUGAUCCAAACAAUGGAGGCUAUGGUAUAACGUUGGCAAAUGUAUAUGGAAAGUUAGGGAAGUGGGAUGAUGUCCGCAGGGUGAGAAAGAUGUUGAAGGAGCUAAAUGUUCCUAAGACUCCAGGUUGCAGUUGGAUUGAGGUUGAUAACAAGGUUUCUCAGUUUCACUCUGUAGACAAAUCACAUCCCAGAGCAGAAGAAAUUUACCAGAUAUUGGAAAAUCUGGUUUACUUUAAUUAGCCCAAGCUGCUGAAGUCCUACAAACACUAACUGAAAAUAGGUAACCUGAAUUUAUUUCAUUUUUAAAUUUGAAAUUCUAAUUGCGUGUUGUAACAUUUCUUAAUCUGAAGUUUACUGUUCUAUGAAGAAAGGAGUAAACAUGAGCUCAAUUGUCUCUA